AUGGCCUACUCACCAGCUCCAGCAUCGCCCGGAGCAGCGCAGGCCUUCAGCAACAGUCUACACUCGCGUGGCCGCUCCAACAGCCCCCCCACAAGCGUCCCUCUCACAAAACGAGACAAGCGCCGCAGCGCAUUACAAGAGCGUCUCCAUGAUCUCACAGCCUCGUUCUCCCAGAACAGAGAUACCCAAUUCCGCCAGCAGUUGCAUGCCCUCCAGUGUGAUAUGACCCUCAUCAAUAAUGCGGACCCCUACACGCCGGGCCCGCUCCCUGACUCGGCGGACGAGAUUGCGCACUUGAUUGAGAGUACCGUUGGUGGGGGGAAGUUUGCCAAGGAGAUGGCGAGUCUGGCUGGGAUGUGGUAUUCGAGGUUUGUGCAGGAGGUGAAUUUGGUGAAGGAGGAUAAGGAUGCCGAUUUGGCUAUGCUUGUGAACCGUCAUAAUAGUAAUCUUGAACGUUUUCAACGCGAAUACGCUUUCCGUGUACAUUUCGCCGCCGAAGAAUAUAAUAACCUCUCCUCCACCCUUCGAGAACGGCUGGUGCAGACCAUCUCCGGCAAAAAGGCCCGCUUGAUGCGGGAAAAGGAACAGUUGGAUAUCGCAGACACCAAUGCUCUUCUUCUCCACCCCAAUCAAUUCAGCAUUACCAAUCCUGCGAGUCCGGGCGGUAUCCAUGGGAACCGCAAAACUCGACACACCCGUCACCGUGUCGAUUUGGACGAGCUUGGGAACGGAAUUGGAUCGGAGACGUUCAACAAGAGGAAGAGGAAGGCGCCGGAAGAGGAUGUUGGUUCUCCGGUGCGGGAAUCCGGUCAUGCUGCUCCGGCUGAGCGCGCGAAGAACUAUGUCGCUCAGCAGCAACAGGCUCCGGCUUAUUCUAUGCACUCGCUUUUCACGGACAAAGAGCUCAGUGCUCAUGCCAAUCAGGCUCAUGUUGCUACUGUCCACUUCUUCUCUACCUCCAAGCGAGCCGAUCAGCCGUCUGGUGCUGCUACGAAUGGCAAUAAUACUGAUGUGGAGGAGGGCUCGGGCGUGGGCGAUGGCACCGGACAGGAAGAUAAUGGCACACCAGCCACCGACAUGAUUCGGACGGCUAGUCAGAACUUCCACGCGACUCGUUCCACACGGACGCACGGUAACAACGCCCUCAAUGCCCUCGCCGAGCUCUCGGACAAACCAGCCGUCCGCCCCAACCUGCCCUACAACAUCCUCGCCAACUACCACGCGCGCCCCAAUGGCAACGCGCCACCCCUCCCGCCCCUUAUGAACGAGGAGGUAGACGACGACUGCGCCCGAAUGAGCCUAUUACACACCAAACCCGCCGGAUGGGUAGACAAGAGCCUUAUCGACCUCCUCAUCGAACCCGUCCCCGAAGACGGCGACGGAUCCCCCCAGAACCCGAACCGGUUCAACCUCUUGCAUCCUGACUUCCCAUCGGACAUGGGCAUCCAUCUGUAUCCGGCGAGCAACGGCAUCAGCAACGGCAAAGAACCCGAGCCGCUGGGAUCCAGUAAUGGCAGUGAACGCGCGAAGCGGACAAAGGUGGCAUGA